AUUGAUAUCGCACAACACUUCCAUGUUGUAGACUCGUUUGAUGUUCCUCGACUUACUUAUGAUUAUCAUCGAAAAGCGUUUACAAAAGUAUCCGAACCCCCUAGUCUUUUGGCUUCUCCAAGAGAAAAGGGAAACAUGUUUUGUGAGCGAUUGAAUAUUAUCCGACAGAGAUUACUUAGAAAUGAAAGCUUUUGCGCUUCAUCAGCUCAGAUGUCAGAUAAUGAUACUUAUUUGAAGAUUACACCCAUUAAAUCUUUGAUUGGACACGAUCGUGGGCAUUUUCUUUUAUUUGGUAUGCUGACUCAGUUGGAAGAAGGCAAAAUUUUCUUGGAAGAUGAAGAUGCGAAUAUCGAGUUGGAUCUCUCUAAUUGUCUAUAUGGAGAGGGACUAUUCACAGAUAAUUCAUUUGUGAUUGCAGAUGGUGUUUACGGAGAGGAUCAUAUUUUUCAUGUAGAAGAAAUAGGUUUCCCACCUCCUGAGAGUCGAGAAGUAACAGAUUCCGUAUUUCCUCAUGUCGAUUUUACUGGAUUACCACAGCCUUUGAUAGAGAAUCAUAUUCUCAAAUUAGAAGAAACUUCUCAUAAUGAUGUAUUUUUCGUUAUCGUCUCAGAUGUCUGGUUGGACCAACCCAAGGUUAUGAAUGCACUACGCAGAAUGUUUGAGGGUUAUGACUCUACAAAAGUGCCAUUGGCAUUCAUUCUGAUGGGAAACUUCACCAAGAGACCGUUUAGUUUUUCUAGCAAUGAAUCUGCUCAAUAUAGAGAUAAUUUUAGCAUACUGGGUGAUAUGAUUGCUAGUUUCCCUACACUUGCCACACAUUCGUAUUUUGUAUUUGUUCCUGGAAUGCACGAUCCUUGGGGAGGGAAUACCUUACCGCAGCCUCCAAUUCCGGACAGCUUCACAUCCCGCAUCAAGCAGAAGGUCCGAAAGGCCAUCUUUACUACCAAUCCUUGUCGCAUUCGUUACUGUACCCAAGAUAUUGUGAUAUUUAGAGAGGAUUUGCUAUCUCGACUGUGGAGAAAUGUCUUAUUAAAUCCUCAAUUGGGCACUGUGUCCGAACCUGAAAAACAUCUUAUUCGUACUAUUAUUGAUCAAGGCCAUUUGAGCCCCUUGGCUAUGUCGGCGCGCCCCAUUUACUGGGCCUAUGAUCACGCCUUGAGACUCUAUCCACUUCCCCAAACACUUAUUUUGGCUGAUCAAUGUGCCAAUUAUGGUGCCACUUAUGGAGGAACUCAUUGUAUCAAUCCUGGAAGCUUUCCCAACUCAGAUUUCACCUGGACAACUUAUUUUCCUGCAUCUUGCACUUCCGAGAAA